AUGCGAGAGGCUGCAGAGCGGCGGCAGCAGCUAGAGUUGGAGCAUGAACAAGCCCUGGCCGUGCUCAAUGCCAAGCAGCAGGAGAUCGACCUUCUGCAGAAGGCUCAGGUUGAGGCUCAGAAGGAACAUGAAGGCGCUGUCCAUCUGUUAGAGGCCAAAGUGCGAGACCUGGAGGAGAAAUGUCGGAAUCAGAGUGAGCAGUUCAACCUCCUGUCCAAAGAGCUGGAGAAAUUCCGACUGACGGCCGGGAAGUUUGACAUCCUCAGCACGAGCUCUUUAACUGGGGGCGAGCCGCCGGGGUCGCCCAACAAGACCCUGUCCCAGCUCCUCAAUGGACUUGCUGCUCCAGGUGGUAAAGGCACCGACACUCCAAUGAGCCGAUCGCUCAUCUCCGAGUUCAUCCGGCCGCUUCAGAUGAGCUCGGAGAAGGCGGAGCUCUUGUCGGUCAAGCCCACGUUCCUGAGCCGGAGCCAGCCGAGCAGCCCCCGCCGCGCCUUCCUGUCCGAGAUGGACAAAGAGCUGAGUUCUGCCCCGCGCGCCAAACCCAGGUUCACAGGGAAAGUGCGUCUGUGCGUCGCCCGCUACAGUUAUAAUCCUUAUGAUGGACCCAAUGAGCAUCCCGAGGCUGAGCUCCCCCUUGUGGCUGGGAAGUAUCUCUACGUUUAUGGGACCAUGGAUGAAGAUGGAUUCUAUGACGGAGAGCUGUUGGACGGCCAGCAGGGUCUCGUUCCCUCCAACUUUGUGGACUUUGUGCAGGACGACGAGCUGCCCGCGGCCAGCACCCUCAGCACCCUCAGCACCCUCAGCACCCUGAGCAGCCUCAGCACGCUGGGCAGCCUGGGCAUGGACUUCAGCCUGGGCUCCUGCAGCAACGGCAUGGGGACGCUGGACGUGAGCAUCGACGAGAUCGGCGAAGACAUCGUGCCUUACCCCCGCCGCAUCAACCUGAUCAAGCAGCUGGCCAAGAGCGUGAUCGUGAGCUGGGAGCCGCCCGUGGUGCCGCCCGGCUGGGGCCAGGUGAGCGGCUACCAGGUGCUGGUGGACCGCGAGGUGCGCAUGAGCGUGCCGUUCGGCGGGCGCACCAAGGCGCUGAUCGAGAAGCUCAACCUGGCGCUCUGCACCCACCGCAUCUCCAUCCAGAGCAUGACGGAGCGCGGGCUCUCGGACGAGCUGCGCUGCACCCUGCUGGUGGGCAAGGACGUGGUGGUGGCGCCCUACUACCUGCGCGUGGACAACAUCACCCAGGCGUCGGCCGAGCUCUCCUUCAUGCCCAGCAACAGCAACUACAGCCACACCCUCUUCCUCAACGACGUCGAGUACGACGUGGUCAAGCCCGGCGGCUACAAGUACCAGUUCUACAACCUGAAGCCCAUGACGGUGUACAAGGUGCGCGCCAUGGCUAGGCCUCACCAGGUGCCCUGGCAGUUGCCUCUCGACCACCGGGAGAAAAAGGAGAUCUCCGUGGAGUUCUGCACCCAACCAGCCGGCCCCCCCUUGCCUCCUCAGGAAGUGCAGGUGCAGUGUGGGCAGUCUCCGGGGGUGCUGCAGGUCCGCUGGAAGCCCCCUCCGCUCACCCCCAGCGGCACCUCCAACGGGGCCACGGUCAUCGGUUAUGCCGUCUGUACAAAAGGGCAAAAGAUAGCAGAGGUGCUGUACCCCACAGCGGACUACGUCUCGGUGGAGCUGAACCGUAUCCAGUGUCUUGAGGCCCGCGAGGUCAUCGUGCGGACGCUGUCGUCACAGGGCGAGUCCCAGGACUCCCCCGUGGCAGCCAUACCCCACACCCUCCUCCGCACCUCACCACACCCCGGCCAACCACCCCCUCCCCCUCCCCCGGCCCCUCACCCCCACCACGUCUCUCACCCCCAACCCCCACCCGCUGUCCCGCGCGCUCCGUCGCCUCUGCCCCCGCACCUCGCCCCGCACCAUGCCCAUGCCCAUGCCCACGCCCACGCCCACGUCCACCCCAUGGCCCCUCACCUCCACCACUCUGGAAUGACCCUGGAACCCCCCCACUUCCCGGGCCGCCGCUCGCCCUCCCCGCAGAGGAUCUUGCCCCAGCCUCAGGGAACGCCCAUCACCAACACGGCGGCCAAGGCCAUGGCCCGCGAGGCGGCACAGAGGGUGGCCGAGAACAGCCGGAUGGAGAAGAGAAACAUCUUCAGCGAGCGCGGACACUCGCUCAAUUCGGACGAGGAGGAGGACGGCUACGAGUCUCCGCAUGCAAGGCGAAGAGGUGCCUCGGUGGACGAGUUUUUACGCGGAUCUGAGUUGGGCAGACAUCCCCACUACAGCCACAGCGAGGAGUACUACACGGAGAGCAGCCGCGGCUCCGACCUGUCCGACAUCAUGGAGGAGGACGAGGAGGAGCUCUACUCGGAGAUGCAGCUGGAGGAGGGCCGCCGGCGAAGCAUCAACUCGCACAACACGCUCAAGAUUUUAGGAAGCUCCCAAUCCAUGGCACGCCUGGAUCAUACAGGCAGGAGGUCGGCCCAUGGCUGUGCCCCCUCACCAAGACGCCCCAUGAUGGUUCCUUCCAUUGAUGGUUAUGGUGGACGUGUUCGCCGCUCACCAGAGUACUAUGAAUCUGAGCCAGAAGACCUCACUCGAAUAUUUGUUGCCCUGUUCGAUUACGAUCCACUCUCCAUGUCCCCAAACCCCGAUGCUGGAGUUGAGGAGCUGCCCUUUAAGGAAGGCCAGAUCAUUAAGGUGUACGGCGACAAGGACACAGAUGGGUUCUACCGAGCCGAGAUCGGCGGUCGCCGGGGACUCAUCCCAUGCAACAUGGUGUCCGAGAUUCAGACAGAGGACGACGAGAUGAUGGACCAGCUCCUCAAGCAGGGAUUCCUGCCCCUCAACACUCCGGUGGAGAAGAUAGAGAGGAACAGACGCAGUGGACGGCAGCAUCCUGUCUCCACCCGCAGGAUGGUGGCGCUGUACGACUACGACCCCAGAGAGAGCUCUCCGAACGUUGAUGUGGAGGCUGAGCUGACUUUCUGUGCUGGUGACGUAAUCACUGUGUUUGGGGAGAUUGAUGAGGAUGGUUUUUACUAUGGCGAACUGAACGGACAUAAAGGCCUGGUCCCCUCCAACUUUCUGGAAGAAGUGCCUGAGGAUGUAGAGGUCUAUCUGACAGACACUCCAUCUCGCUACCCCCAGGAUCACCCAUCAAGGACAAAGACCAAAAGGGUCCCGCUGGACAAAUCGGGUCCACCCAGAAGAGCAGCAACCCCACCCGUGCGCCCUCGCGACCUGGGCUCCGGUGCUGCCUCCCUGGGCUCCGGCAGCCCCUCGAGGGCGGCGCGCACCGACACAAAGACAAAGGGACUGCUCUCCAAAGGGAAGAAACUCUUGAAAAAGCUUGGAGCUGUAAAGUAAUCUCCCUAAACUCUCCCUCACUUGCUACUGCUACUUCUACUACUACUACUACUACUACUACUACCACCACUACUACUACUCCAUUCCUCUCCCAACAAAGGCAACGGCGUGUAAUGACAACACACGAAAACACCCCAACUAAAAGAUGAGAAGCAAAAAAGAAAACAUAAGUUCUAUCACUGCUAGGUGCUCAAAUGUGGGAAAUGAUGUCUUCUGUUGUUGCUCCACUUGCAGUCUUAUGCUAAGAGAUAGGGUGGAUUAGAAUAUGAAGCAAGUAGAGGAAUGUCGUCAACACUUGGAUGUUUCACGGGAUCUGUUGAGUUCUGAGAUUAUCUGGAGAAGUGUGUCACUCUCCUGUUGUUUUAUUAUUAUGAUUAUUAUGAUUAUGAUUAUUAUUAUUAUUAUUAUUAAGGCAGCAACGGUAUCAUUUAUUUUAUACAGAGGACAUUGAGAUUCAGGGAUUAUGAGAAGGUUUACGCAUAGUGAUUACGGCAGGGAAGACUUGUGCGUGUUGUAUACGUUCGUUGUCAAGCACAGAGACGCAAGGUCGGGAUUGAGGAGAGCCUUCUCUCGCUCUCUCAGGUCAUGAAUGUACAGUCCGUUGCUCUCCGAAGGUGUUGAAUAAUGGCAUACAGUACCUCCAAGAACUACACCUACACUCAGCCCUCAAGCCUCCUAGAGUCAGGCUGCAGAUUGUCUGUCCAUGCCUGGUUAGACCACAGUACACCACGUACAGUGUUUACAGCCAACUACCAAUCUACCCAGUGCUUGGAUGGAUACUAUGGAACAAAAAAGAUUUCUACACACUUUAUAGUUCUGCUCCGGUCAUUACAUGGUUAAGUUCUGCACAGAUCAAGGUUGCGGUCUACUUUAAAUAUACAUGAAGGCUAAAAAAAAAAUCACUGUCUGCCUAAAAAAAGAGAUAUGAAUAGCACAAUAAAUGCCCUAGCACAGAACAGGAACAGGGUUUUGGGGUUACUAGAAUUUGAGGCUUCCUUUUUUGCUUUUAUUUUUUUUGAAAAAAAUAAAAAGGGAAAGACGUCUGCCAAACCCUGCCGAGCGAGGCUAGGUGAGCAGCGUUGGAUGGUCAUGAAUUGCCUAGUGUGACUCUGCCUCCAUGUAUUUGCCUUAUAAUUGCACAAUGAUUUGAACUUUUAUUCAGUCUGGUCUGUGGUGCAAAAGGUUAGUUUGUUUGUUUGUUUGUUUGGAUGUGUGGUGUGCAUUCAUGUCUCAUUGCAUUCUCUCUGGAAACAAACAAACAGUGAGAGAGAAAAAAAAGUGUGUUUUACCGUCACGUGAUACAGUGAUGUGCUGCUUACUGCAUCCCCACGCUUGUCAUGUGCUUUUUGGUGGAUGUGAUGGGACAUCUGAAUUUCCCACCCUUUAUGCCCAAACCUGCUCAGCACAAAACAACUCUGUCGUUCCAUGGGCCUUAUUCUGGUUUGGCUGCCUAUAUGCACAGACUAACACUCUGCAUUGGCACCUGCCAGUAUAACUCAUAUUUUUAUAAAGCUGUAUCAUCGCAGGCCUGGUGGUGUUUGUUUAGUUUACGUAAUGCAAUGUCUUUUUGCUCCUUCUACCCUUCCAUCUGAGACUUAGAUCAGUGGUAUGAAUGAUCGGACCAAACCCUGUAGUGACAGCCCUGUGACAGGUGGUAUGUUGGCUCCGCAAGCCUACAUUCAGUGUGUGUGUGUGUGUGUGUGUGUGUGUGUGUGAUAUGACCCUUUCAUCCCCUUCCUUGCAUCCGGAAGCUUCGUUCAUGCCAGUCCAUGCUCCCUCAAGUCAUUUACCCGUAUUAAUUUCUACCUGCCAUACCAUAGUCUCAUCAGCUUGUAGGAAAGUGAUGCUUAUUUUAUGAAUGACAGUUGUCCUUAGACUUUAAGAGAUUUGAACCGAGACUGCCAAAAAGGAAUGUAUUAAAAUGACAUUCUGUAUAACUUGUACAAUUUUCAGCCAAAAUAUUAGGUAUUCAGAGUCACUGGAAUAGCUACUUUUUUUGCGACUUACAGAACCAUUAUAAGUUAUAACCAUUAUCGCUUCUAUGUAUUGUUUGAGUGACUGUUGCUCUUUUUGUACUUUGUCCAUUUGUAAAUUCUUUUUAAAUGUUUAUACUUGAUUUUCAAACUGCCUUUUUUGUACAUUAAAAUUUAUAAUCAAAAUGUGCAAGCUUUUCCCCAUGGUGUCUUCAAACCAUAAUGUUUUAAAGUCUGCAGUUGUGUGCUAGCUUUAUGAAAACAGAUAUCAGCCUAUAUUGAUGGUUAUAAAAUAUUGUGUGGGUGUGCAUGUGCAAAAUUUUGUAACAGAAUAAAUUUGAUAUUUUGUAAAAAAAAAACAAAAAAACAAUUAAACAA